AUGAACAGUCUAUCAUUUGAUUCUAAUUGUGAAAUGCCAAAUAAUUAUCCACAACAUUUAAUGUCACGAUGUCUGUUGGGUUCACAACCAAAUAAUAAUCCUAUUAUAGCACAAAUGAACCGUGGUAAAAGUGAAGUACAACAACGACCAACUAAAGGAGAAAUGAAUAAAAAAGGAAGAUUUAUUUAUCAAUGUUCAAAAGAUUGUUAUUAUUUUGAAGAUUGUGGUAUGCCAAAUGACCGUUCCAAAUGUCCGUUAUGCAAGAAUGAUAUUGGUUCAAUACGUCAUGGCUCUUAUCAAUUGAUACAAUGA